AUGGUCGGAAGUUUUGAAGCAGCCAAGGACAACAUCGUCAAUUUUGAGAUUUCGAAGCUUGGCGAGAAAAUCGCGGGCACCAUUGUACCGCGAUGGGUCAAGGUUAUACCUGGAUACAUAUCCAAGUUGCAGAAUGAGUUGUCGAUGGCUCCAGGUUCUCUAGCCGAGGAAAUUUGGCACGAAGCAAACGAUCCUGAGAUAAAUCCCGAGAUCAUUUGGGACGCACGAGUUCGAGUAUCAGAUGACAUCUGCAAAGAGGAGCGUCAUUUCUUAGAAAAAAGGAAGUUACGCACAACUGCUGCUCUGGCGAAGUAUCUUGGUGUGCCCGAAGCAGAAAUCCACCCGGCUGAUGUACCCAUUAUCGCAAUGUGCGGAUCUGGUGGCGGUCUUCGCGCCCUGGUUGCCGGCACCUCCUCGUAUCUCUCUGCACACGAAGCAGGACUAUUUGAUUGCGUGACCUACACAGCAGGUGUCAGUGGCUCUUGUUGGUUACAAACCUUGUUUUACUCUUCUGUCGGCCAACAAAAUCAUGGCCGUAUGAUCAAUCAUCUCAAGAACCGCCUCAACGUCCAUAUCGCAUAUCCUCCGGCAGCACUCUCGCUUUUGAGCAGCGCACCUACCAGCAAAUACCUCCUCAGUGGAAUGGUUGAAAAGAUGAAGGGUGUUCCGGAUGCAGCCUUUGGUCUCGUGGAUGUAUACGGUCUCCUUCUUGGUGCGCGUCUGCUAGUUCCUAGAGGCGAGCUAGGCGUCUCAGAUUACGAUUUUAAAAUCUCCAACCAACGGCAAUAUACAGACUCCGGUGCUUACCCGCUUCCCAUAUACACAGCGGUCCGUCAUGAGAUUCCUGAAGUUGUCCAGUCACAAGAUCGUGCCAUGAACCUCAAGGACGAGAACUCAAGGGCGGUUGCUAGAGCGGAGUCCUGGUUCCAGUGGUUCGAAUGGACACCUUAUGAGUUCUUCUGUGAGGAGCUCGGAGCCGGAAUCCCAACCUGGGCCAUCGGUCGCAGAUUCGAUAGAGGGUACAGCGUCUGGAGAGAGAACGGCCUCGCGCUACCCGAGCUUCGAGUUCCUAUGCUUAUGGGCAUCUGGGGAAGUGCAUUCUGCGCGACACUGUCUCACUACUACAAGGAAAUUAGACCUAUCGUUCGCAGUCUUGCUGGGUUCAGUGGCAUUGACCAGUUGAUAGCCGAGAAGGAUGACGACCUUACUAAAGUUCAUCCUUUCGAGCCAGCAUCCAUACCGAACUUUGCUGCAAACAUGAAAAGUCUUCUACCUCAGUCAUGUCCCCAGAGCGUUCACGAUGCGACAACGCUACAGCUGAUGGAUGCUGGAAUGAGCAACAACCUCCCUAUAUAUCCACUCCUACGUCCAGGAAGGGACAUUGACGUUUUGAUUGCGUUCGAUGCUUCUGCAGAUGUCAGAAAGGAUAACUGGAUCAAAGUGACAGAUGGCUAUGUCAAACAACGAGGAAUCAAAGGUUGGCCUAUUGGUGCUGGGUGGCCUAGUGAGGAACUCAGUGAGGAGCAGACUCUCAAGGAACUCGAGCAAGCACAGGUCACGACAGAGAAAGAAGCUGUCGCAAAAAUCGAACGUGCAAGACAUGCAGAAGCUUCCGGUGCCGUCGUGGCAGGCGAGAAGGUCCCGGCCAAACCUACAGAGCUGGGAUAUUGCACUGUCUGGGUUGGCACAACCGAGGAGCGUGAGAAUGACACAGAACCACCUCUUUCAAAACGAGUCGAAGAGGAGUGGGAGCUCAUGCGGCCAGAUGCUGGUAUUGCUGUCAUCUACUUCCCCUUCCUCAAGAACGACAAGGUACCAGGCGUCGACCCGCAGACAUCGGACUUCAUGAGCACAUGGAAUUUCGUCUACACAGAUGAUGAGAUCGACAAAGUUGUAUCAUUGGCUCGAGCGAAUUUUGAGGAAGGAAAGGAACAGACUAGACGCACGAUCCGAGCAGUCUGGGAGAGAAAGAAGAAACAACGUCUGGAGCCUCGCUGCGCUUCUGGUUUGCCAUCAAUCACGACAAGAAUGAGAUGCUUGUCAUUCUGA